CCACACAAACUACUCCCAGCUUGUUCCAAGAUCCGUCCACUGCCCGUGAUGGCUUCCCUCUCGCCUCAACUGCCCGUUCCACUCGAAGACCUAAGCCUGUUUGAUGGGCGGGGUUUUAUCGCCGGGGAAUGGAAAUUCGCUGAGUCUACGAAGGCAUUUCCGGUUUUUGAGCCGUCAUCUGGAAACGUCCUAUCGCAAUGCGCCGAUUUCUCUCGGCGGGACUUUACGGAAGCUAUUGAACACGCGAACGGUGCCUAUCGGGAAUACUCCUUGAACACUACGGCCAAGCAAAAGGCUGCAUAUCUCCGACGCUGGAACGACCUGAUUUUAGAGAACGCUACAGACCUUGCUACGAUCGUAUCACUUGAAAAUGGAAAAACAUUCGCAGAAGCAAGGGGUGAAGUGCUCUACGCGGCCUCUUUCGUCUCUUGGUUUGCCGAGGAAGCUGUUCGUGCCUAUGGAGAUGUCAUUCCCUCUUCAUAUCCAAAAACGGCAGUCUUAACCAUGAAAGAGCCUGUCGGUGUGUGCAGUAUCAUAACACCCUGGAACUUUCCAGCUGCGAUGAUAACUCGCAAAGUCGCCCCAGCAUUUGCCGCAGGGUGUUCAGUGGUCAUCAAGCCACCUAGUGAAACCCCAUUUACCGCUAUUGCAUUGGUAAAGCUCGCGCUCAAAGCCGGGUUCCCACCUGGUAUCAUCAAUGUCAUCCCUACGAAAGAUCGAGAUGCGUCCUUGGAGCUAGCUACGCACCCCAAAGUCAGCAAGAUAAGCUUCACCGGCUCGACCAAGGUUGGAAAGAUGCUAUCUCAGCUGGCUGUUGGCACAAUGAAACGAAUGAGUAUGGAGCUUGGGGGAAAUGCGCCCUUUAUCGUUUUCGACGACGCAGAUCUCGACCAAGCUGUUGCAGCGGCUUUGAUUUGCAAAUUCCGCUCAUCUGGUCAGACUUGCGUUUGUGCCAAUCGACUCCUAGUGCACCAGGAUGUACUACAGGUCUUUACAGGCAAGCUGGUGCGCGCCCUGGAAUCUUUCAAACUCGGUCGUGGAAUUGAUGAAGGGGUGACCCACGGCCCACUGGUGAAUGCAGCUGCUGUUGAAAAGGUCAAGAGCCACGUAGCAGAUGCCCUUGAGAAGGGUGGUCGAUUGAGAUGCGGAGGGGAAGUGCCAACCCACUUAUCAUCUGGAUACUUUUAUUCGCCCACAGUCAUCACCAACGUAAACGACAGCAUGCUAGUUGCCCACGACGAGACUUUUGGACCCCUGGCCGCUAUAUUCUCCUUCGCAUCCGAGGAACAGGCGAUUGAAUUGGCAAAUGCCACAGAACUCGGACUGGCAGGAUAUUUCUUCAGCAAUGACGUGAAUCGCAUCCACCGUGUUGCACGUCGGUUGGAAUGCGGCAUGCUUGGAGUUAACACGGGACUGAUUAGCGCGGCGGAAACGCCUUUUGGAGGAAUCAAAGAAAGCGGCGUUGGGCGAGAGGGCAGCAAGUACGGAAUAGCCGAGUACCAGAACAUCAAGUCGGUCACUAUUGCGAUUUCAGACGCCUAG